AUGGGUUGGCCGGUUUGUAACACGACCGAAGAAGAUGCGACCAUCAAUGAGAUUGGUUUAUGGGACGACGGAAUCACAUUUCAUGAACUGUGCCUGAUUGUGGGUGGCUUCUUCGCCGUCAUUGCGGCCGGAGUCUCCUUCUACCUGAUUAUGUGCCAUGCGACGCACUACAGCAAACCGAUAGAACAGCGCCAUAUCAUCCGAAUCCUGUUAAUGGUCCCAAUAUACUCUCUCGUCUCCUGGUUGGCCACGUUCUUUUACAAAAAGGCCGUCUACUACGAUGUUUUGGGCGAUUGUUACGAAGCCUUCGCCAUUUCCGCCUUCUUCUCCUUACUGUGCCAUUAUAUCGCGCCCGAUCUCCAUAGUCAGAAAGAAUACUUCCGAGGAAUCGAGCCGAAAGAUUGGGUCUGGCCGAUCAAUUGGAUGAAAAAGUGCUGUGGUGGUGAUCGGGGGAUCUGGAGGACCCCGCGGAGUGGCUUGACAUGGUUCAAUAUCAUCUGGGUCGCCGUCUUCCAAUACUGUCUCCUGCGUGUGCUCAUGACCAUUGUCGCCGUGGUCACCCAGUACUUCGAUCUGUAUUGCGAGGCAUCGCUCAACCCGGCAUUUUCACACAUUUGGGUCCUCAUCGUCGAGUGUAUCGCCGUCUCAAUCGCCAUGUACUGCCUGAUCCAAUUCUACAUCCAGAUUAAAGACGACAUUAGCCAAUAUCAGCCCUUCCUGAAGAUCCUCUCCAUCAAGCUGGUCAUCUUCCUGUCCUUCUGGCAGUCUAGCUUAAUCUCCUUUCUGCACUCGUCCGGCGCCAUCAAGGCCACCAAGAAGCUCGGCGCACCUGACCUCCGAGUCGGCCUCCCCAACCUUCUCAUCAGCAUCGAAAUGGCCAUAUUCGCAGUCCUCCACCUCUGGGCGUUUUCAUGGAAACCCUACGCCCUCGAGAAAGGUGGCUUCCUGGAGUCCGGCAAAGUAACCUACCAAGGCGGCCGCUGGGGCUUCAAGGGCCUCAUCGACGCCCUCAACCCCAUCGACCUCUUCAAAGCCGUCGGCCGCAGCAUCCGCUGGCUCUUCGUCGGCCGCAAAAAGCGCACGCUCGAUCCCAGCUACCAGACCCCCUCCGAAGCCAUCGGCCUCAACCCCACCGACCCUACCAGUACCGCAUACGAAGGCGCCGGCGCCGGCGCCGGCGUCGCCAUGACCGGCGGCCGCACCACCCGCUACGCCACCGCCGCCGGCGACCAGGAAGAAGGCCAUGUGUUGUUGUCGCAUGCGCAGCCCGAGCCCACCGCGAUGGGGGCUCCGCCCGCAUACGACGACGCCCACGACCGCUACUACGCCUGGGACCAUCGGCUGAGCACGUCGUCGCUGCUCGAGCCGGAGGUCCACCCCGCCGAUCACCGGCCGUAUUCGCCCUACGAUUCGCAUAACAACCCCUACCUUGUUCCCUCGCCCGCGCCCGAUGCGCACCAACAGAACGCCUCGCCCCUCCCGUACCCUGCGGACACGCUGCACGAACAGCCGCCCAUCCCACUGCCCGAGGCCUAUCAGCCCCCGCCUGCGGACCACGCCCGGAGAUAA